AUGCCAGUAGGGGCAGCUAAGAUAGUGGGGGUAGUUAGGGUGAAGGAGAUUGCUGGUGGUGGAGUUGUAGUAUGUGCUAUGGGGAAGUAUUGUGCUCUGACAUUAGGGGAGUUUGUGUUUGGAGGAUUGGCCCUGCCGCUCCUCAGGCAUUUGGGGGUUCGAACCAAACAUUCCCUCAAGAGGAGACUAAGAAUUCGGACAUUGCAAUUUGGAACCGCUCAUAAUGUUAAUGAACUUUAUGAUAGUGUUGAUCCUGAAGUGGUUCUUUCAAUACUUGUUCACAAGGUCAUAUUAGCGUCAUUGGAGGAAGGAGUUCGGGAGGGCAGGAUGUUAUUACAUGAUUGGCUUGUAAUCCUUACGGCUCAGUAUAAUGAUGCUUGUAAGCUUGUUCAGUAUGGGCAUGGAAGUUCAACGACUUCUCAUAUUGAUGUCGCAUUCUCACAAUGCCCACAACUGCAGCCUUUACCUCGAUUAGUCUUUGCUUUGCUCCGAAAUCCUCUUCUCCGCUUUCAUGAAGAAGGUGUUCAUCCUGACUACCGAAUAUACCUUCAGUGCCUAUUCAGUGCUCUAGAGCCAAGUUCUCUUCACCGGGCUAUAUAUCCGCUAUUAACAUCAUUUGCCACUCCUGAUAAACAAGCGUUCCCUCGUCAUUCUUUGAGUCGUGCUGCACUGAUAACUAGUGGCAGUCCAAUAUUUUUCCUUGAUGCAUUCACGGCUCUUAUUGUAUUUUAUUCUUCUACAGUUGACCCUACCCUUCCUUUCCCUCCACCCCAUGACUGCUUAUUGAGGACAACCAUAAACAAACUCAAGCAAGAGCGAAGCAUCACUCCAAAACUCAUAUUUAUCAGGGGAGGGCAAGAUGAUGCCACAGCAUUUGAGAACUAUCUGAUUGAAGAACAGGAUGUUGAUGGAAGUGGCUUCACAAGCGUCAUGGGUUUCGUUUCAUUCCUUGAGGAGAUCAAUCAGAGUGUUUUGGAAUACAUGAAAUAGAGACGGAUACCACAUCCCAUCAUUUAUUGAAGUUAGAGAAUAGGUUCAACUUACACAUUCACGAGGGGUUACUUAAAUUGGUCAAGCAUAGAAAUGAACUACUUAGCCGUGUGCCAUUGAAACGGACUUUUCAGUAGGGGUUAAAAGUUGUUUAUACCUCAAUUUUCCAGGUGGAAGCUCUCCUGGUGCCAAUGAUAUAGCUGAGAUUGUCAAGUGCAAGACAGACACAUUUGGCUUUGUUGUAAAACAACUUGUAGGGUUUCGACAUUCAUACAAGUGAGAGUAGAUUGUGCUUAGGAGAGACAUACUAGUGAUUAUACUUGUUUUCACUUUUUCCAUUUGAUCAGAGUAAUAGAUAUUUUUUUAUUGCCAAUUUUGUUGUUGAAGAACUCCUUUUGCCUUGUAAAACUCCACAUUUUUCCAGCAUUGGAAUCAACAUUGUUGUGGC